CCUUAAAACACAAUUUCCUCUUUCAUGAACCACACAAGUUGGGAGAGAGAGGAACAAAAAAAGCUCCAUUACAGCAACAAUGGCGAUCAAAUCAGAAACCCUAACUCACUCAUCAACCCAAAAUUCUCCCUCAGAUUCACUGGAUUCAUACGAUCCACUCCUCCACAUUCUCCGAAUCAUCCCAUUCUCUUUCCUCCGCCUUCCUCGCCUCCGUCUGAAACUACCCUCUCUUUCUCUUCCUUCAUCCACCACCAUUUUCUCUCUCCUCCUCCUCACCUACUUCAUGGUCGUUUCCGGCAUCGUCUACGACGUCAUCGUCGAACCACCAGGUAUCGGGUCUACCCAAGACCGCUUAACGGGCGCCGUUAAACCCGUCGUCUUCCUCUCGGGUCGGGUUAACGGUCAAUACAUUAUCGAAGGUUUAUCUUCUGGAUUCAUGUUUGUUCUUGGUGGAAUCGGUAUCAUUCUUAUGGAUCUUGCUCUUGAUAAAAAUCGUGAUCGGAGUAUUAGGGUUUCUUAUGCUUCGGUUGGGAUUACUUCUGUUGUUAUUUCUUAUGUUAUGAGUAUGCUUUUUAUUCGCAUUAAGAUUCCUGCUUAUUUGAGGUAAAAGUUGUAUGAUCUCUCACUGUUUUUGUAGCUUUUGAAGGGAUUUUUAUUUUGUGGGAUUAUGAGAUUUGAGUAAGUUGUAAUUGGAUAUAUUGUUCUAAUGAUAUGGUGAAAUUAUCUUGAUUUGA